AUGGACGGGGCGGACGGCGCGGCCCCGCGCGCCAACUCGAGCGCGGACGGGCAGUACGGGAGCGCGUGCGACACGGCACUCAGCACGCUGCUGGCCGUGGCCGUGUACGUGCUUGUCAAAGCGAGCCUGGACGGCAUCCGGCAGUGGCGCGCGCGCAUCUCCGUGCUGGUGGUGGGCUCUGGACCCAUCGGGCUGACGGCGGCGCUGGUCGCUGUCCGCACGGGCAAAGUGCUGAAACUCACCGUGCUGGACGAGCGCUACAGGACGGCGCUGCUCUGCAGACCGCAGCAGAUCGCACUGGACCCGCGCAGCGUGCGCUUCCUGCUGGGCCUCGGCGUGGACUUCGACAACAUGGAGGGCUGCUGGCACAACGAGCACUUCUUCACCAAGAUUGGAGUGUUUCAGGAGUACCUGCUCAGCAUACUGGAGCAAAAGAAGCAGAAAGUGGACGUGAAAGUGCACUUAGGCACAAAGUUCACAGAUGAGUAUCUGAGGCGGAUCCCGAGUGGAGAAUGGCCCCGGGUGAUUGUAGUAGCUGAUGGCUCUUGUGGGGACUCCUGUUCUGUGCUGGGCAUUAGCUCAGAGUAUAUUGUAGAGUCAUGCCACGCCUAUGGAGCGAAUGCCACCAUAGAGAGACUGGACCAGAGACAGGUCCCCACACCCGAGAUCAGGGCACACAGCCUGUACUUUGACCUGUCAGCGUACGGCAUCGACGCCAUUAAAGAACCUCGCAGCUCCUCUCAGGCCUCAGCCAAACCCUGCUUUCACCUGAAGAUCUAUGGAACAUUCCGGAACCGAUACAUGGCCUUGGCCUGCACAUCCGCAGACUCAAAGAUGAUGCGUUUCCUGCGCCACACAGCCAACUCUUCAAUCAUGAAGAACAUAUUCCACCAGUCCUUCAACGCCUAUAAGACAGACAUUGAGCCUCGACUCAGUGAGCUGACCCUGCAGCGGAUGCAGUGCAGCCGGAAGCUAUUUGAGAUCAUGCUGUCCCACCGGCGGGUCUGCGCUGCUUACAUUGAGGGGGAUAACGUGGCUGUCACUGUGGAGGGAGAGGCUGCCCGCGUGCUCAACUUCGACACUGGUUGUGGUGUGAACCUGGGCAUGAGGGGCUUGGAGUCGUUGGGCAUGUUCAUCUACAGGACUGCCACUGCUCAGGACCAGAACGACGUGUUUGAGGCGCUUUCAGCCAAAAUCCAGCACUCCAAACAAGUGGCCGAGACCUUCAGACAAACUGGACUGGCCACCACUAUGUUUGAAUGAAUAUGUGUGCCAGAAACAGAUGAGCACACAAUGACAAGCUGAGAGAGAGAGAGAGAGAGAGAGAGAGAGAGAGAGAGAGAGAGAGAGAAUAAAUGGUUUUGUUUCUAAAAGCUUACAUGACUUCUUGGUUAAAGUUAAAGUGUGAAACUGUGUUGUUACACCUUUGUCGUACUUGGAUUGUUGUUGAUUAUUGUAAGUGCCAAAAAGGACCAAAGUUUGUGUACUCGUUUUGCUCUGUGAAGAAUAGGAUCUACUUUUAUUUCAGUCAAAGAUGACUGUGUUCUUAUGAACAGAGCAACCACCCGUGUGAGGUUAAGACUUCUAAAGUUUGUGAUGAUGUUCCGACACACACAGUGCCUGUCAGUGUCACAGUGUCAUUAGUGUAAUAAUGACUGCAGUCUGUGCAAAAAGAGAAAUUCCACCAGUUUUUCAAAACGUGUGCAUAAUUAAACCAUUAAGAUCUAAAGAAAGUCAUUCAGAGUGGUCUGAUGUGAAAUGCUCCAUUUAAAAGAAACUCAGAAUUGUUCACAGCAGUGGUGAUAAGAACCAGAUGUCUGAAUAGUUUGUGCCUCUACAAGUAACAUGAAUUGGUUAUGAACAUGCUGUCUGAUAAGGUUUUGUUCUAAAAUGUAUUUUUAAACACAUGCAGGACUUUCUUUUCCAGACUUACCACUAUUUCACCAUUGUUAACAUUACAUAUAAAAACUCAGGUGUCAUUUGCGUUGUAGACAUCACUGGUUCCUUUCACCAUUGCAAAGAAAUCCAAAUCCAAUAAGUUGGAGUUUCUCUCCAAUGCAUCAUGUACAUCAGAAAACUCUGAAUUGUCUCAGCCUCUAAAUUAUACAGAAAUCUUGAAUUUUUGAAUUCUCAUGUAACACUAUUUUAUCAAAAAACCCUUUUGAAUACCUUCAUUUUUAUUAAAAAUGCUGCUGAUUUCACUGCUGCUUGCCAUUUCUGUCUUGUUUAAGAUCUGUUUUAUCAGCCUGUGUAGGAGACGCUUUCAGACUGAAACUGUUCACAGCUGCUGUGGAAAGAUAUUAAG